AUGUGCUUGAUGGAAUACAUUGUAAACGAAAUGCGCUUGUCUCGCCAUCAUGACGGGGACCAGUUGUUUGCCGAUGAUACCAUCACCAAAAUCAUAAAGAUGGCCGUGGAUGGGGACUUUACCGCCGAGCUGACGGAAGUGUUGGUGCUGAAAGACCCCAGCUUCAUGCCGCACCAACUUGAUUUGUGGACAGAGAAUGUCGAGGCGAAAGCUGCCCCGGUGGAGUCAAGCUUUCAAGCCGUGGAUGAAGAGAUCAACAAGCUUGACCACUCAGCCAAAGAAAGCGCCUUUCGUCAAGACUGCUUGAAACUGACGAGAGACUGUGCCCAGCUUGGGCUGCUUUACAAAAGCGAAGCGCAACACGAGAGAGCACUCCGGCUUCAGCGUGUGACCCACCUCAAAAAUCAGAACACUAUCGGUGCCAACUUCAUUCGGGACUUCAUCUCUCACAACGCAAGGCAUGUAGCUGGCCGGGCUGGGGAGCUGGAGGCUGCUUUGGACGAGGCAAGUAUCUUGAAACCCCCGCCCCGGUCAAUCUAG